UCACCACCACCAUCACCCGCCCUCCCCAACUCAAAGAGAGCCUCCCUAGUAUCCCUUCCUCUUCUCCAUUUCCUCCCUACUCUUCGGCCAAUGGCGGCAGCAGCAGCCCUCAUCCUCCCCAUCCUCCUCCUCCUCCUCCUCCUCACCUUUGCCUCCGCCACCCCGGACCUGUCCAUCAUCACAUACGACGUCAAGCACGGUCUUGGGGUUGGGAGGACUGAUGAGGAGCUCGUGAGCAUGUAUGACUCUUGGCUCAUCAAGCAUGGCAAGUCCUAUACCAACGCGCUUGAGGAGAGGGAGAGACGGUUCGAGAUCUUCAAGGACAACGUGUGGUUCGUCGACGAGCACAACAGCAAUGCCGCGAACCGGUCCUACAGGGUUGGCCUGAACAAGUUCGCGGACCUCACGAAUGAGGAGUACAGGGCGAUGUUUCUUGGCACGAGAAGCGAUGCAAAGAGGAGGGUGAUGAAGGCUCGUGCUGCGAGCAACCGCUAUGCUGUGGAUGCGCAUGAUCGCUUGCCCGAGGCCAUUGACUGGAGGGCCAAAGGUGCAGUUAAUCCUGUCAAGAAUCAGGGGAAAUGCGGGAGUUGCUGGGCAUUCUCGACUGUGGCCGCCGUGGAGGGCAUAAACCAAAUUGUGACUGGCGAGCUCAUCUCUUUGUCGGAGCAGGAACUCGUGGACUGUGACCGUCAGUACAACUCAGGCUGCAGCGGCGGUCUCAUGGACUAUGCAUUCCAGUUCAUCAUUGAUAACAGGGGUAUGGACACUGAGCAGGACUACCCGUACAAUGGCAAUGACGAAAAGUGCGAUCGAUCUAGGGUGAACUCGAAGGUGGUUACUAUUGAUGGGUACGAAGAUGUUCCUCCUUCAGAUGAGAAAGCCCUGAAGAAAGCAGUGGCACACCAGCCAGUCAGCGUUGCGAUUGAGGCCAGUGGACGGGCUUUCCAACUGUACGAUUCGGGAGUGUUCACUGGGGAUUGCGGGACCAACCUCGACCACGGAGUGAUUGUUGUUGGUUAUGGUUCGAACAAUGGGCUGGACUACUGGACUGUGAGGAACUCAUGGGGCCCUGACUGGGGCGAGGAAGGGUACAUCAGGAUGGAACGUAAUGUCAAGGACAACAGUUCCGGCAAGUGUGGCAUUGCUGUGGAGCCGUCUUACCCCACCAAGCGAAGCCCGAACCCGAAUUAAACCAUCCUCUUCCAAGCCACUCAUUACCGACGCCUGAAUCUCACUAUUCGUCUCUACUAUAUUUGCUUAGGGAGUCCAUGUUCAUUUCUAUUCGACGAUCAACAGCUUUCCAUGUAUAUAGAUUCGAAGGGCCUAAGCUGCACCUGAAGAAGGCUUUGUCAUUUCAAGAAUUUGAGAUUAUCAUCCCUCUUAACUUAGUGCAAUCAAUGCCAUUCAUUGGCUCAUUUUAUAAAUUCCUCGUUCGGUAUU